CUGAGUGGACCUUCCCUACCAUUUCAUCCAAAACCAAACCAUAAGCCUUGAAUCAUAUGUCUCCUUCAAUGUUCUGACAUGUUCAUCGUGACAGAAAUCGGAUGCCAGAUUGGGUUAUUUUCGUUCUUCGACAUCUGAUUCUUCUUCUCUGGUUCAACGAUUCAUAACUUUCUCAUGCGUUUCAAAUUAUCCUUCCUUUCGCUCAUGAAUAUAUAUAUUCUAAUAUUUUUCUUCGUACUAAGAAAAUCUCUUGCGGUAGAUGAAAACUUUACAGUCUGCAGCGAGCCAAGUACUUGUGGUAGGCAUAACAUAAAGUUCCCAUUCUUCAUCCAGGAACGUAGAUGUGGUUAUCCCGCAUUCAACAUCUCCUGCAGAAACAGCACAGACCCAAUCCUUAGCUUGCCUGAUGGCGACUAUAUCAUCCAUGAUAUCUUUUAUCAGAACCAAUCUUUUCAGGUGUCAAAAGCUGUUGCUUUCGAUAGAGAUGCCGUUUGCAGCCAUUCAAUCCCCAACAUAUCCAUUCCUGAAGACUGGCUUUCUCUGGCCCCAAACCAAGCAGAAAUAUUUUUGCUCUUCAAUUGCAACUUAACCGUGCCAUCGACCUGGGAACUUUCACAGCACAAGGUUAAUUGUUCUGCUGAAAAUGAAACUAAUGCAACUUUGGCACUGUUCAAUAAUGAUCCUAAGCUGAAUUUUGCUUCAAAGUAUUGUAAUAAAACGGUGCUGGCGCCUGUGGCUUUUUAUGAAGGAGAGCAAGGUGUUGAAAGUAUGCUGAACCGAGGGUUUGUGCUGAAGUGGAUAGCGAGCGACUGUAGCAUUUGUGAGGCGAGCGGGGGCAAGUGUGGAUUUGAUUAUAGUACCUACCAUUUCAAGUGCUUUUGCCCAGAUAGGCCUCACGCAUGGCAUUGUACUCCUGGAAAUUCUACUGGUUUUACCAUAAAAGUUGCAGCAGCUUCUUCAAUUGCUGGAAUUGUAGUGUUGAUUAUUCUGGCCUUCUGCUUUAUAAAAAAAUUCUCAUCAGAGGAUAGCAUGUUUAAUCGGAAGACCAAAACAGAAGCAGAUAAGAAGAUUGAAGCCUUCCUAAAGGACAACGUGUUCCUAGCUCCAAAAAGGUACAGACAUUCGGACAUCAAGAAGAUAACCAACUCAUUCCAAUAUAAAUUAGGUCAAGGAGGCUAUGGCGACGUUUACAGAGGGAAGCUACUUGAUGGACGACAUGUAGCAGUCAAGAUUUUGAAAAAAUCACAAAGGAAUGGGGAAGAAUUUAUGAAUGAGGUGGCAAGCAUUAGCAGAACUUCCCAUGUGAACGUAGUCACUCUUUUAGGCUUCUGUUUUGAGGGUCGCCGGAGGGCUCUCAUCUAUGAGUUUGUGCCAAAUGGAUCACUCGAGAAGUUCAUAUUUCAAGAGAAGGCAGGCCAUCGUCAAUUAGAGUGGGAAACCUUGUACCAAAUUGCAGUUGGCAUAGCCAGAGGGUUACAAUAUUUGCAUCGUGGUUGUAAGACACGUAUUCUGCAUUUUGACAUCAAGCCUCACAACAUUCUCCUUGAUGCUGACUUCUGUCCAAAGAUAUCUGAUUUCGGCCUUGCUAAAUUGUGUCCCGAAAAAGAAAGCGCUAUUUCGAUGACUGGCGCGAGAGGAACUGCCGGAUAUAUUGCUCCUGAAGUAUUUUCCAGGAACUUUGGACGGGUGUCUCACAAGUCUGAUGUCUAUAGUUAUGGGAUGAUGAUUUUAGAGACGGUUGGUGGAAGAAAAAACAUUAAUGUCGAAGUUGAUCGCACCAGUGAGAUAUAUUUUCCACAUUGGAUCCAUGAUCGUAUAGAGUUGGAUGAAGAACUAGGAUUGCAGGGUAUUAUAGAUGGAGAUGAUCAAGAGAGAGUAAGGAAGAUGAUAAUAGUGAGCUUGUGGUGCAUACAGACCGACCCAUCAAACCGCCCACCAAUGAGUAGAGUGGUAGAAAUGAUGGAAGGGAACAUUGAUUCCCUCAACAUCCCACCCAAGCCUUUCUUGUCGUCACCUCCAACAUCGCCAGAUGCAAAUUCCACUAGUAGACUAAUAGCCUGACAUUGUUAAUUCAAUUUAAGCCUGGUUAUAGCUUAUACCUCUUGGAAUUUUGGCAGUGUUUGUUCUUAGUUCAUUACAUAGGGUGCCUGCUCAUAUCUGAUAGAAAUGCUAGAUUUGUAUUUGUAAGUUUGACAUUGUCUCUUUCUAUGUUGGAGCUUUAAAGUAAUACUUACUUUCUUGUA